AUGGCCAGCACACCAAACACCAACCUCCGCGGCUUCAACCACGCAGUACAAACCCUCCUCCGAAACCCCUCGCAGUUCCUCCCCCACCUCACAAUCCCAACCUUCACCCACCUCCCCGAACAACUCGGCCCGCAUCUCCACAGACAACCUCCCUGCGCCGCCAACCCAUGCAAAAAACCAGCAGUAGCAACGAAAUCACCCACCAUCCGCGCCCUCGUCCUCGACAAAGACAACACCCUCUGCCCACCCAAGACAACCACCUUCCCUCCCCAGAUUCUAGACAAGCUCUCCGCGCUGCGCACAUCGCCCACCUCGCCCUUCAACCAGUCCACAGCACCAGACUCGAUACUCAUCGUCUCCAACCGUGCAGGGAGCCAUCCGCGCUUCGACGCUGAGGUGCGAGAGAUCGAGGAGCGGUUGUCAUCCCUGCGGAUACCUGUCUUCCGAUUGCCUGAGGGCAGCGAGAAGAAGCCGUUUUGUGGGAAGGAGGUGGUGGACUGGUUUCGGGAGCGCGGGGUGGUGACGCGCGCGGAUGAGAUCGCGGUUGUCGGGGAUCGGUUGGGGACGGAUGUGUUGAUGGCGGCCAUGAUGGGCUCUUGGAGCGUCUGGUGCCGUGAUGGGGUCUACGAAGGCGUCGAUCCGAACAAGGGGAGGCCGAAUAUGAAUAUCCUCGAGAGAAUGGAGAUUUGGAUCGAGAAAUAUCUGAGGGAAUCUCGAGGAUUGAAGGCGCCGCUGCCAAGGGGAUGGGAGAGCCAGUAG